GCUCUUAAAAAGAAAGAGGAAGAACUGAAGUCAGUCACACACAGUUUGACUGAGAUGGAGACAUUUUUCAAAGAGAAACUUUCUGAGGCAAGAUCUGCUCUGAGACAGAAAGAGGAAGAACUGAAAACAGUGAUAGACAGACUAGCAUCAGAGGAUGUUGUUUCAACAAAUGAAAAUUACCCUGAUGGGAUGAAAUAUUCGGUCACUAAAUCCAGACUGACUGGAUUUUAUCACCAACUGAAGCUUCUGCGGUGGCCCCAAAUCAAAGAUCAUCUGAAAUCCAAUAACAUCACCCCAAAGUUUAUCACAGUAUUAAUUCAGAAAAUGUUUAAAGCUGCAACAGAUGAAAUGGAGAAGAAGAAGGAGCAGAUAGAAGUUUUUGGUCUGACUGAAACCGGAAGUGGACAAACUCCUCAGAAGGUCAAGGAACAAAAACAAUUAGCAAUUCACAAUCUUCAGAUGUCUGUGUACCACAGCAGCAAAGAAGAUCUUCUGAAGACUCUUCUUUGUGAAUAUGAAGCUCACUACUCAGAGGAUGUCAUGGUGCAGCUUAGACUUUUAGCCUCUGAAUGCUACUGGUUGGGCUGCUUGUUGGCUUUAAACAAUCCUCCUCUUCAGCUGGACUGGCAGAAUCACAUUCCAGGGAUGGAUGGUUGGGAUAUUUUCCCUCGAGAUAUGAAAACCUCUGUCAAUUAAAUAAAAUAACCAAAAUUCACAACUCCAAUAGAAGAUUACAGUGAUUAUAGGGAGAUUAUUUUAAUGUAGUUCAUUAAAUGUGAAAAAAAAACUUUGUUCACUGAAAUAAAAAUGAUCCUUCAGAAAAUAAAUUGCAAACCAGCCACAUAUGAAAAAGAAUACUGAAGUGGAUCUAUAACUAAAGAUGUUUGGCAACCUCAGCUGGAGCAUUUCAUGUGACAACCUGACCAUACAUACUGUUCUCAGCUGCAUGUUACAUUAAUUUUGUACACGUUAUAGUACAUUUUAUAGCUGUUAUAUUAUUUCUGGUCAACUACAGUGUGUUUAGAAAAGGUUUCCCAAUGUCCACAUAUAAGAAUAGGCCUACACACACACACACACCACAAAAUAUAGAAAACAGAUGGCGCACACUUUGUCAGAAAAUAACUGAUAUUAGUUUCUUAUCUGAUUCUUUUGCUGUGUGUUUGUGCU